AUGGCAACCCCAACCCCCACCACCUCGGCCGCAGCCCUCAUCGAGUCCGCCAAGAAAGCCGCCGCCUACCAGGCCGUCGCCGACCACCUGCCCCCAACGGCCACCUUCGUCGGCAUCGGCUCCGGCAGCACCGUCGUCUACGUCGUCGAGGCCAUCGCCGCCAAGGGCCCGGCCUUCUCCGCCGACAUGACCUUCGUCCCCACGGGCAGCCAGUCCAAGGGCCUGAUCCGGGCGGCGGGCCUGCGGCUGUGCAACCUCGACGAGAGGCCCCUCGUGGACGGCGUGCCGGUUGCGCUGGACGUUGCGUUUGACGGGGCGGACGAGGUGGACGAGGAUCUGAAUCUCAUCAAGGGGGGCGGUGCUUGUCUGUUUCAGGAGAAGCUUGUUGCUGUGGCGGCGAGGAAGUUUAUUGCCGUUGCCGAUUCCCGCAAGCGAUCAGCCAGGCUGUGCACAAAAUGGAAAACCAUCCCCAUCGAGGUCCUCCCCCUCGCCGCCCCAGACGUCCUGAGCCGCCUCAAGGCCAUGGGCUCCCCCAACCCCGUCGUGCGCUCCGGCCUGCCCAGCAAGGCCGGCGAGUGCGUCACCGACAACGGCAUGUGGAUCAUCGACGCGCCCUUCCCGCCGCUGCUCCUCCCCAAGGACCUGACCCCGCAGGUCCAGGGCAACGGCGAGGACGGCGUGUGGGAGAUUGGGAAGCUGGCCGAGGAGCUGGUCAGGCUGCCCGGCGUCGUGGAAAUCGGCCUCUUCCACGGCUUCAACGGCGUGCAGGCCGUGAGCCGGGGCAAGGAGUUCCAGGCGCAGAAGCCGGUGGCCGCCUACUUUGGUACACCCACCGGCGAGGUCCAGGUGCAAACGGCGGCAUAA